GUCGCGCGUGCGGCGCCGCGGCCAGGCGUAUCGCAGUGCAGUCGGGUGCAAGGUGCGAUCGAGUUAGUAUGCAUGCUUGGUCCGACUCGAGCGUGGUUGCGACUUACUGCUGAAGAUACGGGCAGUACGAGGCUCGCUACCCGCCCGCGAUGGAGCUGCGCGAGGUAAACCGCGCGUAUGGCACCGCGGAAGAGACGAUGGAGCUCUUGCCGCAGCACGACAGCGGAGCAGAGUACGAGAGCUACUUCGUCGAAUACGCGAUGCAGAAGGAGAUGAUCAAUCGUAACCGAUGCCCCGCGAGUCGACGAUUGCUCAGCCAGGCUGCUCAUUUGGAACACAAUUUUUCCAAUAGCAAUCACCUCAAGGAUUCACCAUGUGCCGGAAUCAACAUGAUUCACACCUCGAGCGAGAACUGGCCGCCGUCCAGGAAACGCGAGGAGGCGACAGCUUUAGAAAAUCUCAGGAAGAGGGUAGAACAAAGUAAAUUAUACAAGGCGGAUCGAAUAAUCGAGUCAGUCGUACCCACUUCGUCCUCACUAAACUACGAACAAACUCAACAACAGCUGGACAAUCGGCCGAAACUUUUAAAAAAGAUACUCAGCAACCGACCGAUGAGUAUCACGCACGAUAGAAGCGAGCUGGAAACUGACUGGCGCGAUAGCGAAUUUAUCACCGAAUGCCUUUGCUGGCACAACGUUUAUCGACAGCGGCAUAACGCGUCUCCGUUGACCAUGUCGCCUCAGUUGUGUGAAUACGCCCAGUCGUGGGCAAAUCAUCUAGCACACACGAAUACGUUCUAUUAUAGAAACGAUCGGAACGUAGGUCACAAUCUUUACUGUCGUCCCGGCGGCGGUGUUCCUGGCGACGUCACGGGACAAGAAGUCGCGUCCUACUGGUACUCUGCCGUGAGGCAGUACGAUUUCCUUAAAGAACCGGAUAUUCUCCACGCCAAUGUAAACGCAGGUCAUUUCACGCAGCUGAUAUGGGCGAGCAGCCGUUUUUUCGGGGUCGGUAAGGCGCGCAGCAGAAGCGGCAAGGUGAUCGUGGUAGCGAAUUACGAGCCGGUGGGUAACGUGUCCGGUCUGUUUCAAAAUAACGUGUUGCCGCCGUUGCCGGAGAAUGUGAACGUAGUGCUAUCGCCGCCAUCCGUGCGAGUGCAGCGAACAGCGAACUGCGAGCUGCUGAGGUCGACGCCGUUGCCGGCACCGUUGUCGGACACCGCGUCGACCGGCAGCGACACCAUGUCCGUCAGCUCCGGCCAAUAAUACCACGGCCGUGCGAAAUGCGUUCUCUGCAUCUGCACGCGAUGGGCCGAGCGCUGAAGAAGAAGAAGAAGAAGAAGAAGAAGAAGUUCAUUUUCUAGAACUUUCGUUCGCCAGCUCUUUACACGCUGCGAAUCGAAACACUCCGGGCAUGUGAAACGCGAUGGCUGAUGUCUCUGUUGGAAAUGAGUUCAGGAACUGAUAUUGCUCAUUGCAUAACGCAAAACACUUCGCAAAUGUUCUACGAAUCUUUCGCGAACGUUGACUCAACGACGACGUUUCUUCAGGAGUUUCAAAAUUUAAAAAAGGUUUCAAUUUGUUGACGCACACUUCAAAUAAGAUUAGACGUCCGAUGCUUCUACACAAUGAACUUCCUGUCCCCCGUCGAUAAAUUUGAGCUUUCGCUAAAGUUGACCGCGUUAUGCACUUACGAACUAAAGUUUCUUUCGCUUACUAUGAUCUCUUCGAUUAGUAGUAAUAAACUAUUGAGCACGUGAGAAGUGAGUGAAGUCCAGAUGCACACAUAAUUUAACGGACACAGUAUAAGUCGGACAUAUCCUAAAACGGACACUUUCGUUCAAACCGCUGUAUCCAUUAAAUUCUAUGUGCAAGCAAAAGCUGCAAGAGAACAUUUAACAAAUAGAUAGAUAGAGAUUAUACACGCGCAACUAUUGUUGCACAACAUAGCGUAAUGCAAUUGUCUUUUUGACUCCAAUCGCGAUGAAAAUGAAUUAAACAAACCCGAUAACGCGAAAUUUCUUUUCAACAAUAUAGUAUAUAUUAUAUUAAUAAUUC